GAACAAUCCGUGCCACUCACUCACUCCAGCCAGGACUGCCAAAGGAAAUAAUUUCAAAAUGAAGACUGCUUUAAUUUUGCUCAGCAUUUUGGGAAUGGCUUGUGCUUUCUCAAUGAAGAAUUUCCACCGAAGAGUCAAAGCUGAAGAUUCUGAAGAGAACGGGGUCUUUAAGUACCGGCCACGCUAUUUUCUUUACAAACAUGCCUACUUCUAUCCUCCUCUAAAGCGCCUUCCAGCCCAGGCUCCUUGGUUCACUUUAUUAUCACCCCACCAAAUCGGAGGCAGUGACUCUUCUGAAGAAAAUGGAGAUGGAGAUAGUUCAGAUGAGGAAGGGGAAGAGGAGAAUUCAAAUGAAGAGGAGAACAAUGAAGGUUCUGAGGGGAAUGAAGAAGAGGAGGCAGAGGCCGAGAACUCCACCCUCUCUAGUGUAACUCCACUCUAUGGAACCGAGGCCACACCUGAAGCAGAGACUAUAGGACUGGCUGCCCUCCAACUGCCCAAGAAGGCUGGAGACACAGAAAGCAAGGUUGCAAAAAAGAAGGAAAGUGAUGAAGAAGAAGAAGAAGAAGAAGAGGAAGAGGAGGAAAAUGAAAACGAGGAGGCAGAAGUUGAAGAAAACGAGCAGGUGGUCAACGGCACCAGCACAAACUCCACGGAGGUGGACGGUGGCAACAGCACUAGCGGAGGGAUCAAUGGAGAAGAAGGUCAGGGACAAAGCGUCACUGAAGCGGGUGUGGAAGGAGCCACAACGGGCAGGGAGCCAAUCAGUGAUGGCCCCACGACUGCUGUCCUUCCGAAGGCGCUUCAGCGUACGACCCCACCACCCCAAGCCUACGGGACCUCUUCCCCACCACUCAGUAAAACCACAGCUGAGUAUUGGGGAGAAUAUGAACAAACCGGCAUCAGUGAGAAUGACAGUGACUAUCAAGUCUACGACAAUGAGAAUGGGGAGCCUCGCGGGGACAAUUACCGGGCCUAUGAGGACGAAUACAGCUACUACAAGGGGCGUGGCUAUGAAGGCUAUGAUGGUCAAAAUUAUUACUACCAUCAGUGAAGCCCCACCCCUGGGGUGAAUUCCCUGUUCUGUCAUUGUAUUUGGGUACCAUUUAUUUUCAAAGUUCAACUCAGGAAGGUGCAAUAUAACAAAUGUGCAUUUUACAAUGUGGAAUGGUGCUACAAUCCCAGAGUGAUUUCUGCAAAUGCUUCUAUUUGGAAUGGCUUCUUUUGCUUUUUUCCAGGUGUGUCACUUGAAAGGUCAUUGUAAGUCAGGGCCAUUGAUCGAGCAGUACAUUGAUGUCUGAGUUGGGCCUAGCUGGAAUGCUUCCUGUUUGUGCUGUGUGUACUAUUGCUAAUGGCCCAAACACACUCUUUGUACAAGAAGGCAACUAGAGAGAGAUUUAUGAAUGAUACUGUAUACAGCAAAUGUGUACUUCCUGUAUCACACUUCCUAUCUAAUACUGUAUUAGGUUUAAUUCUCAUCCUCAUGUAUAUUAUGUGACCUGUAUGCACAGAUUUUAUCGCAAAUAAA